UCUUCCGGCUGUCAGCUGAUAGUCCCUUGCUUUUGCUUUCCUAAACCUAUUUCGAUUUUCGCAAAGAAAACGUCAGGCACCAUUCAACAUGGGCUCGAAAUACGCGAUCAAGAGCUAGUUAUAGCUGAAAUAUUGCUCUAAUUGUAGUGUUAUCGUUAUUAUAGUUUCAUUUUACAUGUACGUUGUGUAACUUUUCAAUUAGUCGAAAAUGGAUACGUUUAUCACAGGAUACCUCAGUUAUGGCGUUUGUUGAUCACUAAAAAAUUUCAUUCGGUUGAUAAUUUUCUUUAUAUUUGAUGUCCGUUUUUCGUUCGUGAUCGUCUGUUUCGUUCGCGUUUACGUGUUUACUCGAAAUGGUGAAGGAGAAGCCAAAUUCGAUCCGGAUCUACGAUGAGGAAGGUUUCCGACGCCGUGCGGCUUGUAUAUGCGUGCGGUCCGACGCCGAAACGGAGGUGUUGCUAGUGACAUCAUCUCGGCGGCCGGACAACUGGAUUGUGCCGGGCGGCGGCGUAGAGCCCGAGGAGGAGCCGUCGGUGACGGCCAUGCGGGAGGUGCUCGAGGAGGCCGGCGUCAUCGGCAAGCUCGGCCGCUGCCUCGGCGUCUUUGAGAACCGCGAACACAAGCACCGUACCGAAGUGUACGUGAUGACGGUCACCCAAGAGCUGGCCGAGUGGGAGGACGCGCGGCUCAUGGGCCGCAAGCGGCAGUGGUUCUCCAUCGACGACGCGCUGGCCCAGCUGGCGCUGCACAAGCCCAUCCAACGGCACUACCUGCAGCAGGUGGGUCUCGCUCUAACACAGGGCUCGUGUGGACGCGGGAGCGGGACGGCUGAUGGUCUGCAGUGUGCGACGGUCAUCAAGAGCUGGCCGAGUGGGAGGACGCGCGGCUCAUGGGCCGCAAGCGGCAGUGGUUCUCCAUCGACGACGCGCUGGCCCAGCUGGCGCUGCACAAGCCCAUCCAACGGCACUACCUGCAGCAGGUGGGUCUCGCUCUAACACAGGGCUCGUGUGGACGCGGGAGCGGGACGGCUGAUGGUCUGCAGUGUGCGACGGUCAUCAAGAGCUGGCCGAGUGGGAGGACGCGCGGCUCAUGGGCCGCAAGCGGCAGUGGUUCUCCAUCGACGACGCGCUGGCCCAGCUGGCGCUGCACAAGCCCAUCCAACGGCACUACCUGCAGCAGGUGGGUCUCGCUCUAACACAGGGCUCGUGUGGACGCGGGAGCGGGACGGCUGAUGGUCUGCAGUGUGCGACGGUCAUCAAGAGCUGGCCGAGUGGGAGGACGCGCGGCUCAUGGGCCGCAAGCGGCAGUGGUUCUCCAUCGACGACGCGCUGGCCCAGCUGGCGCUGCACAAGCCCAUCCAACGGCACUACCUGCAGCAGCUCCGACGCAGCCGGAAGCCGGACCCCGACGGGAGCUAAGCUGUGUCCUGACAGGUUUUUGUGAUGUUCGCUGUCGCCUCCCGCACCCCGCCACAUUCUCACCUUCGACACAAGAUAACUUGACACAGAGUACCUACUGCGAACACGUUGGUCGUUCUUUAACCUUUUGGACGCACCGCAGGUCCAACGCCAAAGACUGAUUAAUCGGUCACAGACCACAGAGCAACAUAGACCUACGUGCAUAUGCAUAAAGUUCAAUUUCAGUUUUGACACUUCGGUGACGUGGCGUCCGACAGCUUUUGUGUUUGACACGGCGUCGAAAAGGUUAUAACCGUUUACAGGUAAAUUCCGUUUUAACCUUGUGAAGUCCCGUGUCAUAAUUAUAUAGGGUUUGGACUCUAUUCAUACAGUGUUAAAGUUAAAAUUUGUCUGAAAAUGAUGACGUCAGCGGACCUAGGAGUUUAAGUUUGCUUUAUAGUACAUUGGUAUACUGUUAUUUUGGUAUUAUAAAGAACUCUGCAGAAGUAAGCACGUGUUUGUAAAUCAGGCCGUUGAUGCGGAAAAAUUUGACUAAUCAACGUCUAUUUUAUGGUAUCUAGUGUCUUGAUAUCUUGUAACUUGUUAGGUUAGAAUGGGAUGGUCCUGGGAGGCAUAACUUUCGCAUUAUACAUUGUAGAUGCCGCAUAUUUUAAUCUUCUACAAUACUAUUUUAGCAGUGUUGGCUUUCGAUUUGUCCUAGUUUUACACCAGUAAUUGUAUUUAUUAUAAUCAUAACACAUAUUUUAUUUAUGAAUAGACAACUGUUUAGUUAUAAUACUUAUAAUCUCAAACAGGGCUUAAUGUAUGGGCAAUUUGUCCGUGUCGUUAUUGAAUCUUGACUGGACACAGAACGGGGCGCCUCACGAGGCAACUCGGUGUGUAAAAAUGCCUCGCCCGAUUCAUUUCGGUCUUAGCGUUUGUGUCCGUGCAUAUUUAAGUGAAAAAUGCUGAAAUAAGUUUCACUAGAUGUCGCUUCUACAUCGACCACACUCUGUCUUUUUACGAUAAACAAAAACAUACGUCAUUAAAAAAAAACAUCUGGAGAUGUGACGAGUUACGGCAUAACUAUUGUCUAAGUAACCUUCAAGACUAAUACCUAAGUGAAAUAUAUUGUGACAAAUGUAAAAUGGCCCAUUACUGAGACUGACAGUCGGGUGCCAUUAUGGCACUGCCAUAAUCGUGCACAUAGCCUAUUGGUGAAUGACGUUUGUGAAUAUUAAGAAAGCAGUGAAAAACUGGACCUUUUCUUUUAAGGAUAGAUCCCUAAGCCAACACUUUCAUAAUCGACCGCUAUAGGGAUGGGUAUGAGAUUAUUGUUAUUUUAUUAAGGCGCCCAGUUUGUAUCUAUAUACUGUCCUAUAUGAAUGACAAAUGUAAUUUUAAUGUCAAAUUAUCAUAGCAUGAAUGAACAUUUAUAUUGUAAAUUAGGGCAAUUUUAACCAACUGACAAUAGAUCUGUUUCAUGUUUUAUUAUACAUUUUCAUUUAAUUAGUUACUGGAAUUGUAUUCUUCGAACACUGACAAGUUAUUUUAACUCAUAAUAGGGCAGUAUAAAAGUGAAAAUGUAUACUUAUUGCACUCUUAAUACAACUGCAGGAAACCACUUAAAAGUCUAUACUCAUAAUUAUGUGGUAUCUCGCAGUAAGAUUUUCAUAAAUUUUAUUGCCAGUUACACAAUAGACAAUGUUGUGUUGCCACUCGAUCAUAAAAUGCCACAUCCUCAAAAUACCAUAGAUUCUAAACCCUGAACGCCACGCCUACCGUGUUACCUUUUCGGAAUGCACGGAGGCAUAUAUUGGGCCGCGGACGGCAGUUGACGUCUUUGGUGGUAAUAUCUUUCGCAACAACAUACCUAUCAAGCUUAUAAAAUAUCACAGUUUCAAUCAUAUGUACCUAUCUAUCUAUAGUGUUUUCUGAUUAAGGGGCUACCCGAGGUUUUCAUCGAUUUUUGACAAGUUUUGAAUCGUAUCUCCUUUUUUCACACUACAGAUAGAAUUAUAAGACAAACGGUUAUCGGUUCUUCAAUCUUUUAUCUCCGGUUUUGUCCACCGGAUUUUGAAAAAAAAAACUUAUUUUUUUAUGAAUUUUUUAAACAUUGUCUAAAAAACGUAUCUAGUUUGCAGUGAAGGAUCUUACAUGUACGAAAUCUACAUAUUUGGGUUCGUCUUUGAAGUCUCGAAAAUCGUGUCCAAGGUUUUAAUUUUAAUUUGAAUAUGCGAUACUAUAUUGCUUAAAGCCGUUGCUGUUAAUAUGAUAAGCUACAAAAAACAUUAGAAAACUAAGGGAUUCAGAUCGAAGGUCAUUGGGAGCCCCUUAAUUACCAAGUUGGCGAUAUAACAGAAGCGGUAUCAUGGUCGCAUUUUUAUCACCUGUCACGCUGUGCGUCACUUUCGCACUCACAUAUUUGUUAGAACGUGACAGGCAUGGUGACAAAUGAUAAAGAGCCGACCAUCUUAGCCCUACAGGAGUUGAUAUUAAAUUAUUUAUUACGUACCGGUUGUGCUUAGAUGAACUUGUAUCAUAUCAAAUUGUCCCAUGCUUAAAGGGGCAAAUACUGCUUGGGGAUAGAUAAUAGCAAGAGUCGUGUUUAGUUAUUUAUGAGCUCCUUGUUCACUUCAUGUCUGAGUGCGACUGUAUCGAAAAUGAAAGGAACCCCUGAAAUAUCGAGUAAAUAUGAGUCUUGGUAGUUUGAAAAUGUGGCAUUUUAUGAAGUGUUGGCAACUUACCAACGUUUUACAGGUAGAUUCACGAAAAUUGUCGAAAAUAAUUUGUGUGAUACUGAAUGAGCAAUCCAUUUACAUUUUAUUUGUGGCAGAUUUCGUGAAAUUACCUAUAAACAUGCAAUACAUUCUCUCCCAUUCAAACUUACGUUUUUUUUUCAUAAGUAAUAACAUUAAAUUUUCACAAUCAAUAUCUAAUGAAUUUAAAUGUGGAAUCAGUCUGACAUUCACAUUGGCCUGUCACUGGUUAGGUUAGGUUACCGGACUGAAACUCGGCUAGGGAACUUCAGCGAAAACUGUGAACCUUAUGCCGACGAAAUAAGGAUCACUGUUGGACGCGUUCGACGAAAGUUUGUAAGAGAAAAUUGUCAACGCGCGCGUAGAACUUUGAGAUUUUUAGCUUGUAAAGUGACAACCCUAAAGAGAUGGUAAGCUCCUUGGCAACCCCACUUUUCGUUUUGAUUUUUUCUUUGACUUGACAAGUUAGUAAGGUCUCAUUCGCACUAGCGCUUCUUCAACGCGCGUUUAUAUGAUAGAAAUGGAUACCUGUGUAUUUAUUCACACGAUGGCGCUGGCGCUUUUUUUAACGAGCGUUGUUGGAUUUUCGACUUUGAGUGCUGGCCGUUAAAUCGAAUUUAGCGUGCGAAACUAUUAACGUCAGGUUUUAAUGCGACGCUUUUAAAACUCUCGUGUGAAUGAGGCCUAACAGUUAUACUGAAUGUGUAGGUACAUACUCAAAAUCUCGUGUAGCCUGAAUGCGUAAUCUAAAUAAAUUUGGGGUUGCUAUUGAUUGAUCACCUUGCCAGCAACCCAACAUAAUUUAUAUGUCAAUCUUACGUUUUUAGUAAGUUUUAAUGAGUGUCUGAAAAAAACAUAAAAAAGAAAGUGGGGUUGCCAAGUAGAUGGACAUUAACCUAGUGUUUGCGAAUUUGGUAUUAAUUUUUUAGACAUUAGCUCAUUUUUGAUGUUUUCUGCGCGCGAGUUGUCACUUUUCCUCAGUAACGUUGGCGGUAUCGGUAGAUCAUCGCUAUGAACACUUCUUUUCUAUUUUUACGUAUAUUUUUAUACUACGAUGGAAUAAAUGUUAAUUUUAUUUUGUUAGCAUUAAAACGAAAAAGACAUCGCCGAUAUUUUUAUUUAAAUUAAA